CAAAAGUAUAAUUUGACUUAGUCAAAGUGCGAAGUAUCAUUUGCAGAGCUGAAAUCAGUCGCUGUUAUUCAACUCUUAUUUCUCGUUUCAGCACUGCUAAAGAGCCGAUUUACUAACUUCAUUUAUUAUAGACCAUUGACUUAGUAAUAUGAACGGUUUUUCUAGUAAGGAAACGUUCCUCUUCACAUCCGAAUCCGUAGGCGAAGGACACCCAGAUAAGAUAUGUGAUCAAGUUUCAGAUGCUGUUCUGGAUGCUCAUCUGGCUCAGGACCCUUAUGCCAAGGUUGCUUGUGAAUCCGCAUCAAAAACUGGUAUGAUCAUGGUGUUUGGGGAAAUAACUUCCAAUGCUAAUGUUGACUAUCAGAAAAUUGUUCGUGAUACCAUCAAGCGGAUUGGUUAUGAUGAUAGUAAUAAAGGGUUUGAUUACAAAACAUGCAACGUUUUAGUGGCUGUUGAGCAACAAAGUCCUGACAUUGCUGCAGGUGUUUAUGUUGGACGCAAAGAUGAGGACUUAGGAGCAGGGGACCAAGGACUUAUGUUUGGUUAUGCAACAGAUGAAACUGAGGAGUUGAUGCCUUUGACAGUUGUUCUUUCACAUAAAUUAAAUCAAAAGAUGUCGGAGUGUCGUAAUGAUGGGUCUAUUCCAUGGUUGCGUCCUGAUACGAAGACACAAGUGACUGUUGAGUAUAAGCAAGGUAGCAGUGAACUUGUACCUUUGCGGGUCCAUACGGUUGUUGUAUCAGCACAGCAUGCUGAAGAAGUUACUACGGAAGAAUUACGUAAAGUUCUGAUGGAGAAAGUUGUGAAGAAGGUGAUCCCCGCUAAAUACUUGGAUAACGACACUGUUUACCAUAUACAACCUUCUGGCCGAUUUGUUGUUGGUGGACCUCAAGGGGAUGCUGGCCUGACUGGACGCAAGAUCAUUGUAGAUACGUAUGGUGGUUGGGGUGCACAUGGUGGUGGUGCAUUUUCAGGAAAAGAUGCAUCGAAGGUGGACAGAUCAGGAGCAUAUGCAGCAAGAUGGGCUGCUAAGUCGCUUGUUGCUGCAAAGCUAUGUAAGCGCUGCCUGAUACAAGUUUCAUAUGCAAUUGGUGUAGCAGAACCGUUAUCUAUCACAGUUUUUUCUUACGGUACUGGCUCCAAGAGUGAUAGCGAGUUGUUGGAAAUUGUCAAGAAAAAUUUUGAUUUUAGGCCUGGUGUCAUGGUGAGGGAAUUGAAAUUAAGGCGUCCAAUUUUCGAAAAGACAUGCACUUAUGGACAUUUCAAGGCUGGUAAAGAUUUCACCUGGGAACAUCCAAAAAAGCUAACAUUUUAGCGUGAAUCAAGUCAUAAAUUCAUAAAUUGAACUUUCAUAAAUGCUAGGUCAAUUGUUUUAAAAUCAUACUUUAUAAUUAAAGGAAGCAAAAUUUUAUUUCAUAUAAGGGAAUUUUGGAAUAUAGAGGGCAUAUGUAAGCAUUGUUAUGUGUUUAACAUAAAUGCGUUUCGACCCUUUCCAGGGAGGGGUAUUUCAAAGUUAAUAAUUAUAUUGUUUUAUGUGGCAAUAGCUCAUAAAUUUAAUCAGGAAA